UCAGCAGCGGGACGGAUAACAACACACCAAGCAGGAAGCACCAUAUGACUAACAAGCAGCUCAUUUUUGACGUGCGGGAUGGACCUGGAGGAGCAAGAAAAUGAACUGCUGGCUCUGCAAAGCAUCUUCAGCUCAGAGGAGUUUACUCGACAUGACUCCAAGGCUUUAGGAGAACUUCGAGUGUCAGUGGAGCUGCCCUCGGGAUAUGUGGUGGCACUCGCACAAGGUAACUCAGUGAAGCAGUACAAGGUCUCAUUCCUUCCACCACUGGUUCUGACCUUUGGACUUACUGAGGAUUACCCCUCCUGCUCUCCUCCUUCCUUCACUCUCAGUUGCAAGUGGCUCACACAUGAGCAGCUUGCAGCUCUGGGAGCUCACCUCACCGACCUCUACCGAGCCACCGCAGGGAAUGUGGUGCUCUUCUCCUGGGUGCAGUUCCUGAGAGAAGAUACGCUCACGUUCCUGAAUGUCAGUUCUGUGCUGGACCUGCCCAACGAGCACAGCGCCCCGUACAAGAGCAAAGGCUCGAGAGAUGUUGCGCUCCCGGAACACAAAAGAAAUGAAACCACCUUUCCUUCGGGAUACGAAAAUGUUCACCUUUCGGGUUGUCUUGCUGACGAUAGGACGGACGGUUGCGACGAAGACUCUCGGGGGGCCGCAGAUUCCAGCAUGGCGGACCAAAGUCAUUCAAUCUCUCACCUUGUCACAUGCGGUGAUGUUGAAACACCUGUAAAAGUUGCCGGGGACACUUUGGCGGCGUUCUCCACUCUUGCAUUUAGUCCAGCGCAAAUCCUCCUGUCUGAGAUUUUGAUCCACGAUGCAGCCCAGGCACAGAAAGUUUUUGCACGCACAGUUCAUGACUGCGCCGUGUGUUUCGUGAGCUACCUGGGUUGCGAAUGCAUAAAGAUCGAGGAGUGCGGUCACGUCUUCUGCCGGGCCUGUCUUGCCCAGUUCUGCAGGUUGCAGAUAACUGAGGGAAAUGUACUCGGGGUCACCUGCGCUGAGGCGGGCUGCACGGCCUCGCCCACACCGGCGCAAGUGGCGAGUCUGGUAGGAGAGGAACAGUUCAGACGCUACGACCGACUUCUUUUGCAAUCCAGCCUGGACCGCAUGGCAGAUGUGACGUACUGCCCACGGCCCUACUGUGCAUCACCCAUCAUUGUGGAGAAGGACAGCUCUGCAGCGCUCUGCUCCGUUUGCGCCUUCGCCUUCUGCGUCAGCUGCAAGAAGACCUACCACGGAACUCAAGGCUGCAAUCCAGCCGGGUUGCCCAGGAGACUGCAAAGCAAAGACACAGAGGAAGGCGGUGCAACCUUGCCACACUCACUCGAGGGUAUGAAGUUCCUGUGGGAUGACUACGUCAGUGGAAGUGAGCAGAGGCGCCGUCUGCUGGUGAGCAGGUACGGUCGCAAGGUUCUUUUCCUCAAUCUGGAGUCAUCACUGAGUGAGGGAUGGAUUCAUCUCAACACCAAAAACUGUCCGUCCUGCUUCAGCAAGAUAGAGAAAGACGCCGGGUGCAACGUAAUGACAUGCUCACGGUGUUGUCGAAGGUUCUGCUGGAUCUGCCUGGCCAUGCUUCCAUUCACCAGUAUACGGCAACACUUUGAGAAUGGCGCAUGUUCCCAAUACUAAUGAAAAGGCGCAUGUUCCCAAUACUAAUGAUAAACGAUGACCAGCACUUUUGCUGGAGCUGAGCUCAAUACAUUUAGACUACUCCAAUUUUAUGCCAAUACUAGUCUACACUGUGGCUACAGAAAUACAUUCACAAAAUGCUUGUUUUUUUAAACAAAAUUUAAACUUUGACCAUUGCACGCUGGAAGUGAAUUUAUCAUAAGACACUCUAAUAAACAUUUCAAGUUGGUUAUUAAUAUAA